CUUCGCCCCCCGAUUGUGCAACCGGACGGAUCUGUUCGUCCGCCCGUGGACUCAGAUGGCCCGGUCUGAUGCACGCGUUCUUUUGGUGUUGGGGGAUAGUUCGAAAGAAAGCAAUGGGCUGGACCCUCCCAACCCCCACGCGCCCCCCUCCGCCCCACCCCCCUACACGCUCCCCUCCCCGGAAACAGACGCCAUCCUCGCCGCAGCAAAAGGCUUCCUCUCAGCACUGACCUCCAAAUCCGCCGUCGACUUCGAGCGGUACUGCGUGCGCGCCGGCGGCAUGUCGCUGCGCCCGCCGCCGCCCACGUCGCCCCGGUUCUGCACCAUCGGGGCCUUCGUCGAGCACGUGCUGAAGAUCAAGGACCAUCUUGAUGAGCGGAUUUGGGAUCCGGAGGUGAAGGUGCAUGAGCUGGGCGAUAUUGCGUCUGUGUGGGCGCCUUUCAGGGCGAAGGUUAAUGGGGUGGUGGAUCAUGUGGGCGUUGAGCUGUUUGUGUUGCAUAAGAUUGAGGGCGUUUGGAAGGUUACGGGGUUGGCGGAUUCUUGUCGGUGGCCGACUGUUGAGGAGAGGGAGUUGCUUCUUUGAUCUUUUUUUCUGGGAGGGGGGGUGUAGGUAUAGGGUUAAGAUGUUCAAGUGGAUAAUACAUGAU